AUGCCUUUAAUCGGCUACAAGUGGAUAACCGGUCGACUAACCCCACCUGUACCACGAUUCAGACAAGCACGCAAGAGAUGGGCCCAUUAUCCCACGCCUUGGCGCUGGCUCGGCCAUCACCCUGGCGCGGUCCAGUCUGAGUAUCCCAGUCUUCGGAGGCUCGGAGCAGCCAUCAGAGAACCAAACUUUGUCGGCCGUGGAAUUGCCAUUAGUCGACUGUUAAACGGCUAUACUCUCGUCCACUGCUCGUCUCAGCUCCUUCAGAACAACUCCUCCUUCAGCAGUGAUCGAGCACCCACUAGUCGGAAGUCCAGCCACAUUACCGGAGUUGUCCUCAAGAGCCUGCCACUGCAUUAA